AUGUCUGACCCAGGCCUUCCUACCUACCACAUCAUCAUAUCUGACCCAGACCUUCAUACCUACCACAUCAUAUCUGAACCAGACCUUCCUACCUACCACAUCAUCAUGUCUGACCCAGACCUUCCUACUUACCACAUCAUAUCUGAACCAGACCUUCCUACCUACCACAUCAUCAUGUCUGACCCAGACCUUCCUACCUACCACAUCAUCAAAUCUGACCCAGACCUUCCUACCUACCACAUCAUCAAAUCUGACCCAGACCUUCCUACCUACCACAUCAUAUCUGACCCAGACCUUCCUACCUACCACAUCAUCAUAUUUGACACAGACCUUCCUACCUACCACAUCAUCAUGUCUGAGCCAGACCUUCCUACCUACCACAUCAUCAUAUCUGACCCAGACCUUCCUACCUACCACAUCAUAUCUGACCCAGACCUUCCUACCUACCACAUUAUCAUGUCUGACCCAGACCUUCCUUCCUCUCACAUCAUCAUGUCUGACCCAGACCUUCCUACCUACCACAUCAUAUCUGACCCAGACCUUCCUACCUACCACAUCAUCAUGUCUGACCCAGACCUUCCUACCUACCACAUCAUCAUGUCUGACCCAGACCGUCCUACCUACCACAUCAUCAAAUCUGACCCAGACCUUCCUACCUACCACAUCAUGACUGACCCAGACCUCGCUACCUACCACAUCAUCAUGUCUGACCCAGACCUUCUUACCUACCACAUCAUCAUGUCUGAAACAGACCUUCCUACCAACCACAUCAUCAUGUCUGACCCAGACCUUCCUUCCUACCACAUCAUCAUAUCUGACCCAGACCUUCCUUCCUACCACAUCAUCAUAUCUGACCCAGACCUUCCUUCCUACCACAUCAUGUCUGACCUUCCUAACGACCACAUCAUGUCUGACCCAGACCUUCCUACCUACCACAUCAUCAUAUCUGACCCAGACCUUCCUUCCUACCACAUCAUGUCAGACCUUCUUACCUACCACAUCAUCAUGUCUGACCCAGACCUUCCUACCUACCACAUUAUCAAAUCUGACCCAGACCUUCCUACCUACCACAUUAUCAAAUCUGACCCAGACCUUCCUACCUACCACAUCAUCAUGUCUGACCCGGACCUUCCUACCAACCACAUCAUCAUGUCUGACCCAGACCUUCCUUCCUACCACAUCAUCAUAUCUGACCCAGACCUUCCUACCUACCGCAUCAUCAUAUCUGACCCAGACCUUCCUACCUACCACAUCAUCAUGUCUGACCCAGAUGUGUCAUAG